ACUUGCUAGCGCCACUGUUGCUUUCUUACAUAAUCAAGUAGUCGCAGCAGUUCUGCAGGAACACUUUUGUUCUUGAGCUGUCGGUUUGCGUGCCUCAUUUGUUGGUGUGAUUGUGGUACCUGCAUGGCAAGCUGAUUUCGGCGACGCGCGGAAAUCAGUGUAGCAAGCGUUGCACGAUGAGCCAGGAGAAAGAGCGGAAGCGCCGUAAACUCUAUUUAGUCGAUGCGGACGCGCCCUUUGUUGUUCCACGCUCCACGCUAUGGUACAACAAGCAGCGGCCCAUCACGCCGAGCACCUCGGCGGCACAGCCUUUGACUGACGCCCUACCCGACGACGCUGCAGACACCGCAGAUACUGCCAACUGCGAUGAAAAUCGCCAGCGAGGGAUCGGCGUAGCUGCUUCCAGCGCUGAUACUGACGACAGUGCCCUGGCAUACUUAAGCGACGCACAGCCGCCAAGAACCACAAGUGAAGCUGGCAUCACCAGUGACGACUUAUUCGACGAUGAGCAGACGGAAUUUGUGGAUGCCGUGAGCGAGAGUGGCUGCAGCGGUGAAGACAGUGACCAUACCGACGAAGAACGAAGUGACCCCGCCAAUGGGCCUGUGCCACAGUUCCAUGACACCGAGCUGCUAGCUCAAUGUGUCCGCCACUUCGGAAACAAAACACUGCCUUCUUCAUCAACAACACUGGCUGAGGCUGUUGUGUUGAUUAUGGCGUUUGUUGUGGCGCAUGGGCUCACUUGGUCGGCGGUUGAUGAUUUGUUAAAGUUGGUUGACGCUUUGUUUGGGCAUCGGCCAUCUGGUCUCCCACGCUCAAAAUACCUGUUUCGAAAGCUUUGGGCUCCCAAAUGUGAACAGAUAGCCCAGAGACAUUACUAUUGCGAAUUGUGUAUGUCGCUUCUUGAGAUGAGUGAGAACAAGAGGAGUCUCCACUGCACUAUAUGCCAGCUAUCAUACGAUGUGAGUGAGGUGAAGAAGAAAGGGUGCUUCUUUGCUAUUAUGGACAUAAAAGAACAGCUUCAACACAUAAUAGCAAGAGUCAAGGAGCUCCUUUUCAGCAGUCUAUCAAUGCUACGAGACGAACAAAGUUCAGGAAAUGUAGUGACGACAGACAUUGCAAAUGGGGCAAUUUGUAAAGGACUCCGCCAAAUGGGUCUUAUGAAAUGGAGUGACUUAACAUUAACUGUGAAUACAGAUGGGAGCCCAUUGUACAAGUCCUCCAAUGCCUCCAUUUGGCCCAUUCAAUUGUCGAUCAACGAGCUUCCGCAGCCCCAUCGAAAUGCAAAUACCUUCCUCGCCGGCUUGUGGUUUGGGCGGAAACACCCUGAUAUGGCUCUUUUUAUUGGGAAGUUUGUGAAAGCCUUACAGAUGGUUGGGGAGAUUGUGUGGCAGCAUGGUGCUGUGGACCUGAUCUCCAGAGUAUACCUAGCUUGUGUCUGCGUUGAUGCCCCUGCCAGAGCAGCUGUUGGAAACCAGACACAGUUCAAUGGCUGCUUUGGUUGCCCAUGGUGCCUAGCAUGUGGAACACUGCAAGAAGGACGUCGUCUCUACAUCAACUCGGAGCCGCCUGCACCAGAGAGGACAGCAGCAGGCAUACGCAGGGACAUGAAACUUGCCAUGGAGCUGCAGACUCCAGUCAAUGGACUGAAAGGGCCAUCAGCUUUCUGGCCUUUGCAGUACCUGGACCUUGUCGAGUGCUACACUGUGGAGUACAUGCAUUGUGUGUUACUUGGGGUGACCAGGCAGUUCACGGAGUAUUGGUUCGAUUCCUCUCACUGCCAUGAAAAGUUCUACAUAGGACGACCAAGCACCCUGAAUUUCCUGAACCGGCGCCUGAAGGGCAUUCAACCGCCACAUCAUAUUACACGCCUGCCUCGCUCAAUCCAGGAAAGGCACUUUUGGAAGGCCCAUGAGUGGCGAAAUUGGCUUCUGUACUACUGCCUACCGUGCUGCCAAAAUACUCUGCCAUCACCCUACAUGAAGCACUUCGCAAUUCUUUCCGAGGCCAUUUUUCUGCUCCUUCAAGAGCAACUCUCACCUCCGGCCAUUGCCCAAGCAGAUAACCUUCUUCGACGUUUCGUCAACCGAGCUGCGGCAUUGUACAGUGAUAGGUGCAUGACAUUCAACGUGCAUCAACUCCUGCACUUAGCACGGGCUGCCCGCAACUUUGGCCCACUGUGGGCUCAUUCAGCAUUUGGGUUUGAGAGUGGGAAUGGCCAGCUUGUCAAGUUAGUUACAGCAGCAAAUGGUGUGCCUGAACAAAUCCUGGAGCGUGUGAUUCUCUCCCAGGAGUUGAAGCUGUUGCUUUGUUCAACAGCAAUACCGUUGACAACUAAGCAGUUGUGCCAUGAUUUCCUGCACUAUCCAAAUGUAGAAAAGGCUCAGCACAUACAAGGUGCUUGCAUGUUUGGUGCACCCAAGGAUGUGCCUGUGGUGUUGCCUGCAGAAAGAGAUUGUCUGAAGAUAGCCCUGAACCAUGUACCUCAUGUACAAGAACAUUUUCGAUUUUUGCUUUCUGCCUCGUACAUUGCUGCUUGUAAGAACGUGCCCAGUGCGUUACCACAGGCUCAGGAGGCAAGAGAAGGUUUGCUGUAG